AAUGAGGAACGUUCUUCCAAAUUUUUAUUUGUCUCGUAGCAUUUUGACAUACCUCCCAAACAUCCUUAAAGAUAAACAGGGCAGUUUCUUGAGAGAACUUAUUUGUUAGUAUUCAUAUUCAAGGUAAUAAUAAUAUUUGGUUGCUAUUCCACAAUAAUAUUUAUAUGUAAAUAGUAUUUAACGUCUCCUGUGAAUGUCAAAAUUUGAAGUUUGCAUUUCCGAGUAAAAUUAAUAGGAAAAUGUUUGCUAGUUGUAAUCCCACUAACGAAUUUUUGGUUUUUAUAGGCGUGAUAUUUGUGGGUUUACUUGGUUUGUGUGAAUACUUAGGUAUCACGAAUUUUUUAAGCAGAGCCGAACCCCUUUACGGCUAUGACGAAUUGACCGGACCUUAUGUAUGGAAAAAUAAGUUUCCUCGGGCGACCGGGAAGGCGCAAUCUCCCAUUAACAUCGAAAUCAAUAGAACUAUUGUGGUACCAUCGGAAACUAUGCCGAAAAUAAAAUUUUCCACAGAAUAUUACGUCCAACCUCAGGAUAUGGCAAUUUAUAAUGAUGGUCAUACAGUAAUUUUGUGUGCGAUGUGGGAGAAUAAUUGCCGGCCUACAGUGUCUGGCGGUCCCUUGUGCCAAACGUUUCAGUUUUUGAAUGCGUGCUUCCGGUGGGGUGCUUGUGAUGGGGAGGGAUCCGAGCACACCCUCAAUUCUAGGCGAUACGUCAUGGAACUGCAGGCAGCACACAUCAAAGAAGGCUACGUUUAUAAGAAUAUCGAAACUGCAGCCAGCGACAAUGCCCUUUUGAUGAUCUCCUACUUUUUCGAACUAUCACCUGUUGACAACAUAUACAUGGACCCGUUGGUGAAUUCGUUGAAAAGUAUUAAAUUUCCGUUCUCUAGGGUGUGCAUGGAGCCGACACCCCUGUCGUGGCUUAUUCCGCCUUUUACUUGUCAGUACUUCGCCUAUUGCGGUUCCCUUACUUAUCCUCCAUGUACUGAAGGAGUUCAAUGGAUAAUCCAACCGGAACCCCUGUCAAUUUCUUCCAGACAAUUACAGUUACCUUUGGUAACUCUUUCCAUCGUUUUACAUCUUGGUGGAGGCUGGAACCUUCUUGAGAGAGAAUGGACACUAUCAUUUCACAUCUGCAUUCAUGUUGCAGUUUCCUUUGGUAACCCUUUCCAUUAUCUUACUAUUCUGGUAGAGACUGGAUCUAUUUUGGAAGAAAAAGGAUGCUCUAAUUCCACAUCUGCCUGCAUGGUACCUUUGGUAACCCUUUCCAUCGUCUUAAUAUCCUGGUAG